AUGCGCCUCUUUCUCGUGCCCGUCUCGACGCGGCGCACGCUGCUCUACGCGCAGCGCCUGCGCAUCACGACCAAGGAUGCGGCCGCGGCAUCGCUGCUCGACAAGGGCGUCGCCUUUGCGGCGCGCACGUGGGCCGGCUGGGAGAAGCGCGACAAGGGCUGGCAGCGCAAGGUGGUCGACUACGGCAACUACGCGUUUCGCCGGAUCCCGUUUGCCGAAUGGGGCCUCAAGUCGGUCCCGCCGCUGUCGGCCCGCCGCCGCGCCGAGGAGCUCCAGGGCGACGGCAAGGUCGAGCUCGUCUUUCCCGCGUCGGUCAUUCCCGCGGCGCACGUCGAGUCGGUCGCCCAGCGGCUCGCGACGGAGCGCCAGGCGAUUCACCGCCGGCAGAUGAUGUGGUGCUUUGUCGGCAUGCCCAUUACCCUCCCGUUUGCGCUUGUCCCUGUAAUACCAAACCUGCCCUUCUUUUACCUCGUGUACCGCGCCUUCUCCAACUGGCGCGCCAUAGCCGGCGGCAAGCACGUCCAGUGGCUGAUUGAGAAGAAGCUGCUGCUGCCCUCGCCGUCCAAGGCGCUCGACCUGGUGUACGCGCAGUCGCCUGCGGCCAAGAACAUGGAUGCCGCCGGCAAGGAGGAGAUUUUCCUGACGCACACGCAGAUUCGCACGUGCACGGACACGCUCGACAUUCCGGAGCUGGAAACGGAGCUGGAGAGGGCUGUCUGGCAAAUCGAAGAAGAGUUGAAAAAGGAGGAGCAGAAGAAGCAGGAAGCGGAGGCGUCUUCGCCCGGCAAAAAGAGAGACGAUGCAUCGACGACGACCGACGACAAGAAGAAUCAGUAA